AGCAGCUGUCACAUGACCAGGUCUUCGUCUGGCUACUUCCGGUAGAGCCGUUGUUUUUCCUGCGGAAGAAAAUAACCCAUCACCUCUGCCGGUAUUAAAGCAGGAGAAAGUCCAGUGGAUGCAAGCGUUACACAUUUAACCGGCAUUAGCAGCAGGUGGUGGCUUUUCUGACGUGAGCUGCCAUCGACAUGUCAAAGUACACAAGCUUCCCAGAGCCGAUGGAAGACCAGAACCCUUUCCAGGACCCUGCAGUGACUCAACACAGCAGCAACACAGGCUAUGCCACACUGGACCUUUACAACCCAUUUGAUAACACAACUAGGCCUCCGCCUCCAUAUGAAGCCACCUCUCCUUCUGCUCCGUCUGUGCCUGCACAGACCCCACCCAGCAGGACGACACCGACUGAGCAUCGCAACUAUGGCUCCUACGCCUCUCAGACCGCGGUGAACGCUACCACAGCAGACCUCCUGAAGAAGCAGGAGGAGUUGGAGAAGAAAGCCCAGGAGCUGGAGAGGAGAGAGCGGGAGCUUCAGGCACACGGCCUCGGACCCGGAGCCUCACGUCAGAAUAACUGGCCGCCGCUGCCUUCAUUCUGCCCCGUGGGCCCCUGCUUCUACCAGGACAUCAGCGUGGAGAUCACCCAGCGCUUCCAGCAAACUGUCACCAUGAUGUACUACUUCUGGAUGUUCUGCACUGGCACGAUGCUCUACAACCUCCUCUCCUCCGUGGCCAUGUUCUGUGUGAAAACGUCCGAGGGGGUCGGCCUGGGCCUCGCCAUCCUCUGGGCCCUCCUCUUCACGCCCUGCUCCUUUGUCUGUUGGUAUCGACCUGUGUACAAAGCCUUCAGGAGUGACAGCUCCUUCAACUUCUUCGUCUUCUUCUUCAUUUUCUUCGCCCAAGUCGGGGUCUUUGUUAUCAUGACCAUCGGCAUCCCUGGAUGGGGGUUCAGCGGGUGGAUCGUGAGCCUGGCCGCCCUGAAGACCAGCGUCCCCGUCGGUGCGAUCAUGAUAAUAAAUGCCAUCCUCUUUACUGCCCAAACCGCCAUGGGGAUUGUCAUGCUGAAGAAGAUCCACAGCCUGUACAGGCAAACCGAUGCCAGCUUUCAGAAGGCCCAGGCCGAGUUCACCACCGAAGUCAUGUCCAAUCAGGCCGUACGCCAGGCCGCCGCCAACGCCGCCACCAGCGCCGCGCAGGGGGCCUUCACCGCACCCCGGUAGAGAGGGAGGAGCAGGGCUGGGAGGGGGCAGCGGCGGAGAGGAGGACCCUUUCAGCUCGAUGGAGGAUCAGUAAUUUACUCCCCCAACAGGUGAUUUGAAUUCGAGGAGGGGGAGCCAAGUCUAUAUAAUUACACCUGGGCAACUAAACUUCAGGGCACGUGCAUGAGAUAGAGGUGGGGUGAUCUAAUUUCUAAAGGUGUACAGGACAAGUUAGCUACAUUGCCAAACCGAGUCGACAAAAUUGUUGCCUCGAGGAGCGGAGAGAUGGCGUGAAGUGUAAAAGAGAAACGAAACAAAAUGCUGAAAUAUGGAAGUUUGUGCACUUGUACAAAGUUUCAGAGAACGCAGGGAAUUGUUUUUGUUAUUUUUAAGGAAGAGAAGCUUUGUGCCAAGUGGGAUAUUUUCUGGAUACUGUGUUUGAAAAGCGCCAUGUUUGAAACUAAUUGUGAGAGCGGGGCUGAACGUUGAAAUGUUGCCAUAGUAACAUUUGAUCCAUGCCUCAGUGGCUUUAGCCGGCAUUCGUUUUUUUUUUCUCUCUUUUGUUGCCUACACUAACAAGUUGUUUUGCUACUAUUGCAAAUGAGAAUGCCUAUUUACUGUACCGCCAAAACUUCUCAUACUGUAAAGAUUCUGAAUAUGUGUUGUUUUGGUUCCACUAUCUGUUGCUGUUCUGUUAAUGCUGCUUGUGAUUAUUAUUAUUAUUAUUGUUACUAUUAUUAUACAAGUCAUAGUCUUGCUUUUAAUAAACAUGUAUUGUCAUGCUUU